AUGGCUACUUACUCAUACAAAUUGAAUUACACGCUUGGAGUAUUGCUCUGUUUUUGUCUUUCUAAAGAACAUUUCCACCGUUAUUCGUAUGGCAUAUGUUGGAGCUGGGAUGAUUUGGUGAAUCUAUCGUUGCUCCUCGUUACGAUUCUCUUUUGGCGAAUUAUGUGGCCUCUGAUUGCUUGGCUUAAAGGCGAAUGGUUUCCUGCUACAUUGCCAGAGAGUAGCAUGAAGAGCUUAAAUGGCUACAAGGAGAUGGACUUUAUAACUUCCUCAAGAUACUCUUUUUCACUGGAAGAAGCUUCCACUCUAGACUCUCCAAAACUAAUAGCAUCAACACAUCUAAUAUGGUACUUCGUCCUCGCAGCUUACCUCCUUGCGCCGUCUCUGAGUUUCUGUAACGCCUACGGGGCUGGUUUAACCGACAUGAACAUGGCUUACAACUACGGUAAAGCGGAGCUCUUUGUCAUGGCGGCAUUGGCUGGUAAAAGCGAUGAGUUAGUGGCAGGAAUGGUCGCUUGUGGUCUCAUAAAAUUGAUCGUCUCCGUCUCGGCUGAUUUGAUGCACGAUUUCAAGAUAGGACAUCUAACGCUCACCUCACCACGCUCGAUGCUUGUAGCACAAGCUAUCGGGACAACGAUAGGCUGCGUAGUUGCGCCGCUCACAUCGUUCCUCUUCUACAAGGCAUCUGAUGUUGGAAACCCGCCCGGAUGGUGA